AUGGGGGUACCGCCGCAAGAGGGUUAUCUUGUGUCUGUCUUUGAUCAUCGUUAUUUUACUCGCAACCAUCGGCGGGGGCGUCGGGGGAGGGAUAGCCGCCGCGAAUGCGCGAAGCCCACUUCCACGCCAGCGGCCGAGGACCAAAACACAGCAGCCGACACCAUCAUCCGAGUGCCCACAAGGGGCGUAAUCGACUUCGACUGCGGGAGGAUCUCCAUGAACCGCCAGGUCGUGACGCUGGGCACCGCCUCCUGGGGCUUCGACGUGAACUGCAUGAUGGACUACAUCGGCCCGGGUGUCGACCUCGCAGGCAUGACGGCCUACACGUUUGGGGAUUGCAUCCGGGCCUGCGCCAUGUUCAACAAGUUCGCCCGCAACAACACCUGCCUCGGCGUGUUUUUCAGCGCGAACCUGACGACGAGCCUGCCCAUCCAUAACGCGAACUGCUUUCUCAAGUCGUAUUUGCCGCAGAUGUCGCCUGAGCGGGACCUGGCUGCUGCGGCAUCGCUGGGGUCGUCGCCGCAGUUUAUGAAGAGGGGCGAGGGUGGAGUUGAGGGGGGGGGCGAUGCUGAGAUACCCGAUUGA